UUGCUUUUGGUUGGAUACUCUUGUGAACAACUUAUCAAUAAAGCGGUUGUGAUACUUUUCUGAUUUCAAGAUACGCUUGUGACGUUCUCAAAGGACCCUAGGGUCGAUCGAUUCUGAAAUCCGGUAUUGAACCACCCACGGAAGCCAUGUGCCGCUGAAGCUAUGUGCGAGUGCUGCUGCAAUUCGCUGGGGUUUUGCUGUACUUGCCUCUAUGGCAUCGGGCGCAGCAUUCCAUUGAUCUCGAUCCUAUCUUUCAUGCUUUUCCUCUUGGGGUAUUCUUUGGCAAUCCACGGCAGAACAAAGACCAACCAGCCCCUAGAGGCCAUUGGUGUGACAGACCUGACAGCACUGUUGCACGAUCUUGAAGUUGUCUUCUUUUUUGCUUUGGUCUUCAAUGGACUUGGCCUUGCAGCUUCCUUUUUGGCCAGUGGAAAGACACGAGAACUCCUUUUCCAAAAAGCGGACUACUGCUGCACCUCAUGCUUUCAAUUCAUACUUGGACGCUGCACUUUGGGAUUCAUCAUGACAGCCUGCUUGAUUAUUUUGGUGGUUGACAUUGUGAUGCUCAGCCUCGUUGCGAGUGCCUCAACGCUUGUCCUGGAAGUCUUGGGAGCAUGUUCCCAGGCUGAUUUGUUGAAGUCGCCGGUCUCUAUGACGCUUCAGCUGGUCACUGGUGUCACAUUACCACUGGAGCAGUUUGAUGCGAUUUGCAGGUCAGAUUUGGGUUCCGGGUUCAGCACCCUGAUUGCGGGCACCAUUCUCAUUGUCAUCGGACAAGUCCUCAUCAUGGUGACUUUAUCGUCCAACUACACAAAGAUCCUUUUGGAGCCCUAUUUGGCACCUCGAGAGAAAUGGUCAACAGACUAUGGAUCAGCAAGCGACGCAGCAGCAUAGUGGUGAGUUGCCCUUUUUUGAGCUACAAAGCACGACGCUGAAUCAAUCUUGGCUGG